GGGCGUUCGACUCUUAUUCCUUACUUAAGUCUCGCUCGAUUGCAUUGCCUGGCAGUAUGAGUGACGUGCUGGGCAACAAGCAGCUCAGAAAUCAUGCUUACCACUUGUACUAUGUCAAGGAAAGGCUGCAGACUCCCACCCAUAGCCCAAUAUCGUCCUUCUGCUCUACCAGCCACACCGACGAGUGUUUCCAUCCGGAACUCUCUAUCUCCUCUUCUCUGCAUCUUCACCAACCCCAUGCACGUCUCUCCACGCUCUUGUCUCCAUGGACAUCACUACCCGAUCAUGCUGCCGACAAGAUUGAUCGCGACAGGAAAGAGCCAGAGACCUGUACUCUUAGCCCCUGCGACCUGACGCUCUUAGCUCGGUGGUGUGCCACAACCUACCAGUCUCUCGCUUCCGAUGGCAGAGAUGCGGAGAUCUGGAGAAGCCUGAUUGUUCGGGAGGCAAUGCGCUACCCGCCACUACUGGACGGUAUUCUAGCUCUUUCAGCCCUAGAAAUGCUCGGAGAUUGCGGGAGGGACAAUGCACAAGAGCACAAACAAGAUCAACAACAACUUCGACAUCUUGCCAUGCUGCAUUGGGACCGAGCACGAACUUGGCUAGAUAAUCAGCUCGGCCCAACAAGGCUGGAACCAACGCGCAAACAUAGCAAUGCGGUGCUUGCCCUGUGCAACAUCCUGAUGGUCUUCGCAUUCGCCCACAUGCAAAUCCCCUCCUCCUCGAGAGAAUCCGCGCUGGAAGAUUUCUGUGACAUAUUUCGUCAAUUGCGUGGGUCGCCGGAGAUUGUAGUCCCAUUGAUUGAUCAAGUCCAGCCAGGCGAGCUGGCUUCCCUCGUCCGCCCCGAGGAGGCCCGUCAUCGUGUCAUGCCAGACACUUUCACCUUGGCGAUCCAUGCCCUGCGAAAGGUUAAUAACACCCACCCUGAUGGGAAUCUGGACCCUGACGCCAACAAUAAAAGGAUUAACAGCCAGGCAAUCGAUAGCCUGAGCUCGUGCUUGCGGUAUAUUGCCUGGAGCAGCCGCCCAGGGCUGAUCGAGCUCUCCUGGUUGCUGGUGAUCCCAGCAGGGUUUGUGGAUCUGGCUCUGAAUCACCAGCCGAUCGCCCUGAGCAUUCUAGCGCACUACUGCGUGGUAAUGUACCACCUCCGGUCACAGUGGUGGAUGGGCGAUCUCGGGACCAGGCUGCUGAAAGAGAUCCGUCAGCUUCUGGGCCGUGAUCGCUCGGGUGAUAUUCAAUGGGCGCUCGAUGCGGUCGCAAUCGAUGGUGAUGGAGGUGCCCGCUAA